UUUAAAUGUAAAACUGUAAUAUUAUACAUUAAAAUAAACCAUAUGAUAUCAGUAAAAAAAUAUGCACGUUAUAAGCGGCUCGCUUUGUUAAAUGACCGAAAGUGAAAUAAUGAAUUAAUUAAUUAGCGGUUACUUUUGUAUAUAACGAGGACAAAGAUGGAGACAGAAACUAGCAUCGUUGCUCCAUCAUUUAGCCAGGGUCAGGAGGCUUCAUUUGAAGCAAAUGAUUUUGGUAUGGAGAACUUUCCUGAAGACGAAGAUUUUCCAAUGGAUGAUGGUUAUGAUGAUGCUGAAGUGUCUGACAACCCUGGUAAAGAUUUGCAAGCUGGUGGCGACACAGGACAGCCUACAGCAAACACAAAUCAAAGGUCUGUUUCCAAACCCAGUGUAGAUGCAAGUUAUACACAUGAUGUUCAAAAAGGAGCAAGUGGUGAUGAUUUUCAAAAAGGUGAUGUUGGACAUGAAGAUGAAUACAACAUGAAUGAUUAUCCAAUGGACAAUUACGAUGAAUCUGUAGAUCAAAAUGACACAAACUAUACUGAUGAGAAUUACGGAGGUCAAGCUUAUAAAGCUGAAGGAUACAAUGAAGCUUAUGGUUAUAAAGGUAACCAAGGUUACAGUGAAGGUCAAGUAUAUGGUAAAGGUUAUCAAGGUCAAGGUUAUAGUGAUGGUCAAGGUUAUAGUGAAGGUCAAGACUAUAGUGAAGGUCAAGAAUACAAUGACGAACAAGGUUAUGAAGAAGGACAAGGUUAUGAAGGUCAAGGCUAUGAAGGUCAAGGCUACUUUGAAGGUGAUCCGAGCCAGGGUUAUGAAGGUGAUGGAAGCUAUGCAAAGGAAGGUAAAGCAGGACCAAGUGAAGGUGCAGAAGGCUAUUAUCCUCCUGAGGGGGAAUACUACGAUCAGUAUGAUCAGCAAGAAUCAAAUGAAGUGCAAGACAAUGCUGGCCUCGAGGGAGAUGAAGGUGAUGCUGAUUAUGAGGAGGAAGAGGAGGAGGAGGGUGAAAGCGAGGGCGAGGCCGAAGACUCCGAGGAGGAAAGUGAAGAUGAGGAUGUUAAUGACGCUUUGAACUCCCUCGAUUUUGAUAGUGAACUUGGUCUUGGAGAAGAAAAUGCAGAAAGUAUUGACACCCAGGAACCAGCACCCGUUGAUGAAAUGCCGGGAACCAGUGGACAGGCAUCUGAAACAGCUGACAGUACAGAGAAGCCGGAGAAAAGGAAAAGGAAAAGAAAGAAGAAGGGAGAAGGUGCUGAACCUGGAAAUAAACCAAAGAGGAAAAGAAAGAAGAAGGGAGAAGGCAAUGAUGAAGAUGGCGAGAAAAAGAAGGCAGAUAAAGGGGCAAGAAAAAACAUCAGGAAGAUUCUGUCGGAGAACAAGCUGGAGAAAGAGACACUGGAUGCCCAGGCAGCUGAGUUGGAGAGACAGCGGCGACUUUCGGAGCUAAAAAAACAGCAACUGGCAAGUUUACUUCAGACUACACCAGAGAAAGAACCAAAGAAAGAAAAAGAUAGUCAGCUUAAAUCGUUACUUCAAGCUGCUGAAGAAGAGGCGGAGAAAGAGACUGAUGAAACAACAGAAGAAAAGAAAGAGGAAAAGAAAGAGCAAAAAGUUAGGAAAGAGGGAGUUAUAGAUAUAAGUAGUGGGGAGGAUGAUGAAGAUGUUGUUAUGGUGAACAGUGAAGAAGAUGAAGACGAAGAUAUGUCCGACGAAGAUUACGCUGAGGCCGAGGACGUCAACAAUAGCGGAAGUCAUAUCAAUGAUGUGUAUAAUAUACCCGACGACAAGGGGAGAGUACUGGUGAAUGUAGGACACCCGACAUCUGAUCCCGAUAUCUACCUAUCACAUUUAGUUGCCAAACAUAUCAAACCUCAUCAGAUUGGAGGUGUGAGAUUCUUGUAUGACAAUUUAGUGGAGUGUGUGAACAGAUUUAAGACUAGUGCCGGCUUUGGUUGUAUUCUCGCCCACAGUAUGGGGCUUGGUAAAACUAUUCAAAUGAUUGGAUUUAUAGACAUAUUUCUACGCCACACCGGAGCUAGAACUGUAAUUGUUAUUGUACCGAUUAACACUCUAGCAAACUGGAUGGCAGAGUUUAAUAUGUGGGUACCGGAUAAAGAGACAUGUGAGAAAUAUAAUAUACCACCUGAGGAGACGGAACCUAGACCGUACAGUAUCUUCAUGCUAAAUGACAAUUAUAAAAAUACUCCAGCUCGUGCUAAAGUUGUUGAUACGUGGUAUCAGACAGGUGGUGUCCUCCUGUUGGGUUAUGAGAUGUACCGUUUGUUAUCAAGUAAAAAAGUUCAUCUACAGAAGGCUAAAGGUCGUAAGAAGGUUCCCGGAUCUAACGUUAUAGAUGUAGAAGAAGAAGAUAGGGACAAAAAACUGCUGAUUAGUAUACAUGAAGCUCUGGUAAAUCCCGGUCCUGACCUUGUGGUAUGUGAUGAAGGUCACAGAAUUAAGAACUCUCACGCUGGAAUCUCUCAGUCCCUCAAACAAAUUAAAACAAAGAGAAGGAUUGUACUGACGGGUUACCCUUUACAAAACAAUUUGAUAGAGUACUGGUGUAUGGUGGACUUCGUUAGGCCGAAUUUCCUCGGUACAAAGACGGAGUUCUGUAACAUGUUUGAGCGUCCGAUUAUGAACGGUCAGUGUGCGGACAGUACUCCGCAGGACGUCCGGUUAAUGAGAUACAGAGCUCAUGUGUUACACAGUCUGCUGGAAGGUUUUGUUCAGAGGAGAGGACAUACUGUAUUACAAGCAGCACUACCUCCUAAAGAAGAGUACGUUCACAUGAUACGUAUGUCACCGAUACAACAGAAACUGUACGAGAAGUUCAUGGAGUCAGUCACUGACCAGUCCUCUAAUGGUUGGGUGAACAACAACCCUCUGAAAGCAUUUUCUGUCUGUUGUAAGAUCUGGAAUCACCCUGAUAUACUGUACACAUGUAUGAAGAAAAGUCUUGAUGAUAAUGACCUUGACAUUGAAACUGGUGAACCAAAGAAAAAAGGUGGUAGAGGGAAAAGUAAAAAGGAAACUCCACCAGCCACGCCUAAUCCCGAGGCCGGAGCAAGUCCGGGCGCUCAAGUACCUGGUUUUCCUGGGCAGGGACCAACUUUGAAUGUAGGUCGACAGAAUGAACCUUGUAUAACAUAUGAUUGGGCCAAUGAAAUAUUGAAGGAUUAUGUACCAGGACAAUUAGAUAAUGGGGGCAAGAUGGUGAUAUUGUUCAGUCUUAUAGAGCAGUCCUUAAUGGCAGGGGAUAAAAUCCUAGUCUUCAGUCAAAGUUUGUUCACAUUGAACCUUAUAGAAGAGUUUCUGAGCAAAUGUAAAGUGCCAAGACCAGACCAAGAUGAAUUUUGGUGUAAAAAUAAGAAUUACUUCAGACUUGAUGGCAGUACAUCUAGUUCAGAUAGAGAAAAGUUGAUCAAUCAGUUCAACACAGAGCCUAACAAAUGGGUGUUCCUUCUCUCCACAAGAGCUGGGUCUUUAGGUAUAAAUUUGGUAGCUGCUAACAGAGUGGUAGUGGUAGAUGCCUCGUGGAAUCCCUGUCAUGACUGUCAGGCUAUCUGUAGGGUGUACAGGUUCGGUCAAGUCAAACCAAGCUUCAUUUAUAGGCUUGUUACAGAAAACACAAUGGAACGGAAGAUAUAUGAUAGACAGGUGAACAAACAGGGAAUGUCGGACAGAGUCGUAGAUGAACUUAACCCGCAGAAUCAGUUCCGACGGGAACAUGUUGACAAACUCAUGUAUCAUGAGAACAAAGAGUACCCAUUAGUAGAUUUCUCCACCUAUGACGAGGAAUGUAAUGAUGCACGUAUGGUUACAGUGCUGAAAAACCAGGGACAUUGGCUUACUGCUAAACCGUUUACCCAUGAAUCAUUACUGAUUGAUCGUAAGGAGUUAAAGUUGACGAUGAAGGAGAAAAGACUUGCUAAACAAAGCUAUGUUAUGGAGAAGAGAUUAAAUGUCUCUUAUAGUAGACCCUCCUACGCUGCAUAUUAUCCAAGGGGGGUAACUCCAUAUCAGGGCACAAUAAGGGGAAGAGGUGGUGCUAUUCAGAGACCUAUAGCGAGUGUGAAACCCAUGGUGUCUACACCAGUACCUAUGAGACCAAAGAUUGUAGCUGCUCCUCAAAUUCUGAAACCUGGUGUUUCAGUACAUCAAGUCCUUACUACCACCGAAAUUGUACUACCUGGAACUAACACCAGUACCGAAGCAGGGACCACUGAACCAAAGAAGAUACCAGCAGGGCAACAAGUUCUUGUUAUACGUACACCGAAGGGUGUAUACAUUAGAACUCCAGACGGUAAAAUCUUUGCUGUGCGAUCUAAACCACAGCCUGACUCCACCUCUCCAUUAGACACUCUAGCUAACACAGGAAGCAACUUGACGACUGGUGGUGUAACAAUUGUACGUCCAUCUACCACCACCACUGUUACUGCAGGUGUGGCAACGUCAAGAUUACCUGCUGGGGUAACAGUCAUAAGACCAAAGCCGAGUCCAAUUACAACUACCAAGCCCAUGACCAUUAUCCGGCAAGGUCCAGGGCAGGUCAGAACCAUUAUACCUGUCACCAUUGGCUCUAAAGUAUCUAGUAUUUCCACCACAACUGGUCAGAUGGCAGUGAUUGCUGCACAGUCCCAGAAAGUUGGCGCCACAUUACCUUCAACUUCUAAAAUUAAAAUCGUCACACCUAACACUACGACCAGUAACAGCACUAGUAUGAAAGUUAGCUCCCUUGCCGCACUGAAAAACCUUACAGAGGGCAAAAAGGUAGCGCCAAAUAGUCCCACAGCAGAUUCUGACAAUACUGCUCCCAAGAAAAUCACUUUGAAACAGCUACCAGCAAAACAGGAGAUAAAAAAUAUCAUUGUUCCAAAAAUAGGAAAUUCAUUUGCCGCGGGCAGGGCAUCGGCAACUAUAGCGAGUGCAUCUGGUCAGCCAGAAGUAAACAAAGAUCAAAUUGAUGAAAGUAAAAUGGAAGUUGAGAGUGACAAUGAUAUGCAGAAGAACAGUGCGCAAAUGGCCGGUAACAGUGCGCAAAUGGCCGGCAAAGAGUUCUCUUGGAAUUUACCUCCCAUAGACAUGAAGGCUUUGAAAUUACCACAACAGUUAAGUGGUGUUCAGAACAGUGAGAAAAAGAAAUCUGAACAAAAUGUGUCUAGUCUUAAAAACAAAUCUUCAAGUAAGUCUGUGAAGCAGGAUAAUUCUCUUAGUCAAGGAUUAGAUGGAAUUAUGGGUAAAAAGAAAGGUAAACCCAAGUUUUCAUUGUCCGGUAGUCCGUCAGACUCUAACCAGUCUGGAUCUCAGUCGCCUAUAUCAGAUAUAAUAAACAGUGCAAAUACACCACCCAUAAUGCCGCAGCCGGAUCAUUUAUCUACUAGACCUUCGGAAAUAGACUUACAUGAGAUGAAACUCACUAGUAAUCAAAACUCAUCGAAUGAUUUGUCUCAGAUGAUGCCAACUUCAAACCAAAGUCAAGCCCAACCUAACUGGUUACGACCACUUGGGAGCCAAUCAAUGCCAUUUUCAAGCAAUAAUAACCAGAAUGCAUCUGUCAGCCAACAAAAUCAGUCUAGCUUUUCACAGAAUCUGACCAAUAGUUUGCAGAACCUUCAAAACCAGACUGGUAGUCUGCCAUCACAAUUUGGUAGUCAACAAAACCAGCCUGCAAAUUUACAAAACCAGUUCAGUAGUCACCAGAACCAGUCUGGAGGUAUUCAGAACCAGUUUGGAAGUCAACAGGCACAGUCUGGAAUGGUACAGAGUCAAUUUGGAAAUCAGCAGGUACAGACUGGUUUAAUGCAGAAUCAGUUUGGAAAUCAACAGGUACAGUCUGGUGGUCAGCAGAAUGUGGGAUUUCAACAUCCUGUCCAACCAACCAAAAAGACUACAUCUAGAUCUAACAGUGGAAUCUUCAACCCUGGUCUGCCCAACAUGACCAGUCCUAAUGAAAUGAAGUCUGCAACUCAGAAUCAAGUACCACCUCAAGGACAAAGUUAUAUGAAUAAUCAGGAAAGCACAAACCUGUUUGGAGACUCCAGUAGUGGUUUUAUGAAUAUGCCAAACAAUAACAGAAGUAACACAGCUGGAUUUAGUAACCAGGCCUCCACUUUCCAGAACCCGUCUAGCAGUUUUGGAAGUCAGAAUUCUGGAUUUGGAAGUACUGGGCCGCAGCAAAACAGCGAUAAUAUGGCUGAUUUUACAAUGAGUGGAAUCCAUAAUAAUUCAAGCUUCCUGUCAGAACUUACUGAUGCAGACGACAAUUUCCUGUCACAGCUUGACGCCGGCUCUGAUCAAAACAGCCAGUCAUCUGUGGACAGUUCUCAAAUGAUGAACCAGUCUGCAAGUGGAAUUUCUCAAAAUACUGGACUGGGAAACCAGUCUGGGGCAAUUGGUUCACAGUCUGGUGCAAUGGGUGUGCCCAAUUACCAGCAAGGCAAUAUGAAUUUCGACAUGUUCUCCCAACAACAGCAAAAUCCAAACUUCUUCCCAAAUUUUGGCGGAAGUGGUCAGUUUAAUAGAAGUAAUAGCUUUGGUAAUCAACAGAAUAUGAAUAUGUCCCAGCAAGGGGGCUUCCCUGGAGGGUCAAUGUACCCCAUGGGUGGAAUGAUGCAGCCAAGUAUGUUCCCCUAUGCACCUUUUGCACCUUACCCAUAUGCACCUAUGAUGGCACCCAUGCCAUAUUAUCCGAUGCCGUUUCAGCCUCAAUAUGGAGCACAGGGAGGCAAUAUGGGUCAGCAAUCAGGAAACUUAGGUCAGCAAGGACCAAAUAUGAGUCAGCCAGGAUCAAAUAUAAGUCAGCCAGGAUCAAAUAUGGGUAUCCCCAUGGGUCAGCAAGGAACUGAUACUAACUCAUUUCAGCCUGGAAUGAGUGGCCAAUAAAUUUUACACAUAAAAAUAAUGCUUUUACAUCAAAGGCAACAUUCAAGUGAAUGAUACAUUAUGAUUAUAAUUAUAUUGUAUAUCGGGGAAUAUAUCGGGGAAGUAAUAGAAAAAUGAAAUUUAAAGAAAAACAGUGAUUUCAGUGCAAUACAAAAUUGUACCAAAUUGUUUAAAAUCGUGAUUGAAGAAAAUGGGCUGAAAGUGUAAAUUAGAGCCCUUUUUGUGUUGGGUGAAAACAAUUUUAGUAUUAAUGCAGUUUUUAAUACUGAAGUUCUAGAAGGACUGAUGUGAUUUGGAGUUAUGUGAUGAGGUUCUGUUUUGUACGUGGAAGUUUAGUGAGUAAAGUGAAUCAGUAAGUUAUAAUGUUGAAAUUUAUAGGGCUGAUUGAAUAUACAUUUGACUGCAGUAAGUGAACCAGUCAACUUGCAGUAAGUGAACCAGUCCACUUAUUAAGUGAAUAACUGACACCUUUUAUAUCGUAAAUAUGUCGUUUGUGGAUAAUGUGAAGUCUGUAAAUAAUUUCACUAUCAUUAAUAACUAGUUAUGUAAUGUAUGUUUUUUAUCAUUGAUAUUUUUUUUAUUGACCAAAAUUUUCUAAUUUGAAAAUAUUUUAGUAUUUAUGCUUUAUUGUGUGUAAGUUUCAAAUGAAUUAAAACUUUAUUUGAAUAGAUUUAUAAGUGUUAUAAAUUAAACUUGUGAUUCUCAUUUUAUAACAGUUUUGUAAAAGGAUAAUAUGGUUUUUAAAGAUAUUUUCACAAAGACUACAAAAGUAGCACUUUAAAUCUAACUACUGGUCAAAUAGUUAGAAAAUUAUUUAUGUCAAGUUCAUAGUUCCUAACGGCACCAUGUUGUACAAAAUUCAGGAAGAUCUGUUAAGUAACUGCCCACUGGGGUAUGACACAAAGUCAGUUAUACAAAAUAUUUACCAGCCCUUAUUUUGAAUAGGGCCAGUUGCUCAAAGGUCUGUUACUUGAUUUAACAGAGGGUUAAAUUUAACAGAGCUUUGAGAAACUGGCCCCUGAAAUACAACAUGUAGUAAAAUGGAGCCGCUCUUCUAUCUAGAAAUUUGGGUUUGAGCCCCUCUAGAUAAAGAAAAUUUACACAGUCACUCUAAAUUGGUUGAAAUUUGAAAUUUAGCCUUAUUUUAUUUGCUGUAAACAUUUUGCCGAGGAAUUA